AUGGGAGACACCUCGCAAUCAGACUUGUCGAUGUCGCCAGCUGCCCUCUUCCUGUCCUCUUUCAGCGCAUCUCCAGAGCCUGCCGCAGCCCAAGAUGGUGAAGGGACGAUCAUCUCGGGAUACCAGCUUGGUCCCGUCAUUGGCGUGGGUGGUUUCUCCACCAUUCGCGCCGCUACGUCAGGUCAAGGCGGCUCAGUUGCCAUCAAAAUCGUACGCAGGUCCGAUCUCUCGAAGCACACUGACCCCGCGCUAGCUCGCAAGCGCCUCGACCACGAAGCUGCUGUCUGGAGCACCCUCUGCCACGAGCACGUCCUGCCGUUAUUCUCAGUCACGCAUACACUGCACGCAGACUACUUUGUCACGCUGUACUGUCCCGCCGGCAGCUUGUUCGACAUCCUGAAGCGGGACGGGCGGCCAGGGCUGCCGCGCGAUGACGUUGGAAUGAUGUUCAGGCAGGUGGUGCGGGGGCUGCGGUACCUGCACGAAGGAGGGGGCGUGGUGCACGGAGACAUGAAGCUGGAGAAUGUGCUUGUAGACGAGAUGGGUGUGUGUAGAAUCACCGACUUUGGAAUGGCACGCAAGAUCGGCGAGUGCGAGCCAGACAAGUCAGACGAGAGCGGUGAGCAGCCCGAACAAGACGAAGGGGCGAGAACGCGCAGGGUGCGAGGCAAGACACUGGUGCACUCGCGGCGAUCGCACGGCAAGCAGGGUCCCAUUCCCGCCCACUUAUCUUUGAUUCGCCAUCACAGCGGCCCGCGCCAUCGCAACUCGAGCCCGCUUCCUGGCUCCUCGCCUCCUUCACCUAGCUUAUCUAGCCGGAUACAGCAAGGGUCGCUGCCCUAUGCUGCACCCGAGCUCCUUCUUCCGCCGUCUUCGACUCCAUACUCACCGCAUCCUGCGCAGGAUAUGUGGGCGCUGGGCAUCAUGCUGUACACUCUCUUGUCUGGGCGAUUGCCCUUCGUGGACUCGUAUGAUCCGCGGCUGCAGAUGAAAAUUUUGCAUGGCGUGUACGACAUGCCCGAAGGCAUUGGUCGUGGCGCAGAGCGUGUUAUUAGGGGCUGCUUGGAACGCUCUGUUCCGAGUCGUUGGACGGUAGCGGUGGUCGACGACCUGGCGUGGUGCAUCGGUUCAGACGAGACGCCAGACGAUACCGUUAUAAUCGCAGAUGCGAAGUCUCGCUCCCGCUCCCGCUCUCGUCUCCGUGUCCAGUUGGAGAGCGUCGCCAUUGACGAUGCUGAAAGUCAUCGAUCGUCUUCUCGUGCGACUAGCCGAUCAUCUUCGUCUAUGCGCCGCUCAAGCCGCAAUGCCUCCCGUCAUCCCAGCCACCCAUACGAGCCGUAUCACCAACGGCGUCACGAGCACCACGUCCACGAACGUCCACAAGUAUAUCCUCUUCCUACGCAACCCACAUUCUCCGCGCUCACGCAUGCUAUCCUACGGACGGGGUCUACGUCGUCUGACUCGUCUGUGCCGGGGGACUCUGCGGUCCUGAUGACACCUAGCAACUCUCACGAGGCUGCGCAAGAACGCGAGCGUGGCCGCCUGCCGAGGCCGCGCUCCUUCCUGCUCGCGCAAGAGCAUCUGUGCGACUCGCGCUCCGUGAGCCCGAUGGACAUGCCGCUCACGCCUCGCGAUCUCGACGCCGAGGGUCUCCCGGUGCGUGCCGGUCUGGGGGUGCGGAAAGCAAAUGCGCUGAGCCCAGACGCGGGCCACCUCGAUCCGCUUCAAGAACUAGGCUCAGUCACGUCCGACACUGGUAGCGAGGUGGAUGGCUUGGCUGACCGGCGGUCAGACGAUGCUGUUCAAGAAGCGGGCGCUGGGUCUCAUCUUCCGUCGGCUCGUGCACAGCUGUGGAGCGUGUUGAAGGCCGAUAUCCUGCGCAGUGCGCGUUCGGGCAGCGUGCCUCCUGCGCCUAUGCCGUCUGUGUCGUGGACGCCCACUGGGUCGAGCACGUAUUCGGCCGCUGCCACGCCGCGGCCGAUUCCGCGAAGAACGCAUACGGCACGCAGUCGUAGUGUCGACUGGAGCAGGAGCACCUCCAAGCGCGAGAAGAGAGAUUGA